CCUAAGGUGGACCAGUCUACUGGACACCUGUCAAACAGAAAAGGGUUGUGGUUUCUGUGCUUCUGUAUGGUCAUCCUCUUCACAAUAAAUCAACAUCCAUUGUCCUUGGCUGCUUGCAUUCGGAAAUUCUAAUUUAUAUGAUCAGUAAUGCGAACUCGUUGCUAAGCCACCUCCCCUUCGUGACAAAGAGGUGUCAAAUCUUAGCUACCAGCCGCUUUGUUUGUUUCUUGCAGUCUGGUUUCCCUGUGCUUCCCAGUGUUCUGUUCUGCAUAUUUUGGUAAGCGUUUUCAGACAUGGUUUCACUCUUAGGUGAGAUCAUGUAUGAAUAGUGUUGCCGUGAAACUAGCUUAAAUUUAAAUAAAGAACUUAGCUUGAAGUUGAUUCUUUGUUUUCCAUGGACAACGUUUAAAGGGUUUUAAGGUUGCUUUAAUGGCUGCAGCAUCUCCUGCAAGAAAGGUUGAAAAAAGUUUCAACUUUUACCUUUCUAUGGGUAUGUUUGUUUCUGCUUACUUUUAGGGUUUGAAUGGAAACCAAAGAGAGAGCUAGCAGAGGCGGCGAAAUAAGCAUGGCGGAGAAGAAGAAAAGCCCUAGUACAGAAGUGGUGAUCACAGUUUCAGGAGAGGAAAGCCCCAAAGAACCAAAUGGAUCUGCUUCCAGAGAAGCAGAAUCGUUGCCUCCAAUUAGGGGUGCGCAGGAUACAUUUAACAAACCAUCCACAGAGUCCAGUGUUUGUAGUGCUGCUGUUGCUAAGCCAGUGUCAAUGGGGUCGUCUUCUCCUGAGAUUUCAAGGUUUACACCAAGCCCCAAUAAGCCCCCAAAAGUCCCUACCCCGCCCGAAUCCACACUGACUAGAAGAAGAACAGUUACGAGGUCAAGGUCAGUGUACUCAAAAUCCAAGGCUAGAUUUGAGGAACAACCUUACCAUGUUGAUGCUUCUAGUUUUGAAGAGAAUACUACAGCUUGGCAAGAACAAGCUGGUGGAAACUCACCUUAUAGAGGUUCCCUUUCUAAGGCAUCCCCUAAUAACAGUUCUACUAGAAGCACUGCGUUGAACCCUCCGGAUCUUUUUGGAGAGGUUGAAUAUGAGGAGAUCUUCAAGUUAGUUGAGAAGAGUAAUGAAAAACGUAGGAGGGUGAAACCUAUGGUUAUUAUCGAGUGGGCCAUAGUUGUGUCUAUUACCGCAUGUUUAGUAGCUGGCUUAACCGUGGAAAAAUUGAAGAAGUGUAUAUUUUGGGGUCUGGAAUUUUGGAAGUGGUGUGUGCUUGCAAUGGUUAUAUUUUGUGGGUUGUUGAUUACCACUUGGUUUAUGCACCUGGUUGUUUUCUUGAUAGAAAGGAACUUCAUCCUGAGGAAGAAAGUGUUAUAUUUUGUUCAUGGUUUGAAGAAGACUGUUCAGGUGUUUAUUUGGCUGAGUUUUGUUCUUCUUACUUGGGUUCUUUUGUUUCUUGGGAUUGAGAGAUCAAAGACUGCCACAAAUAUUUUGGAGCACGUAACCUGGACUCUUGCCUCCAUUCUCAUUGGAGCAUUUUUGUGGUUGUUGAAAACUCUAUUGUUAAAGAUAUUGGCUUCCAAUUUCCAUAUGAACAAAUUCUUUGAUAGAAUCCAAGACUCAGUCUUCCAUCAGUAUGUGCUGCAGACCCUUUCAGGACCACCACUUGUAGAGGAGGCUGAGAGGAUUGGUAGAUCACCAACUACUGGUCACUUGAGUUUUAGGAAUAUAAAGGGUAAAGGGGGGAAAGAGAAAAGGUUGAUUGAUAUGGGAAAGGUUCAUAAGAUGAAGCGAGAAAAGGUUUCAGCUUGGACCAUGAAGACGUUGGUAGAUGGGAUAAUGAAUUCAAGGCUUUCCACGAUCUCCAAUGAAUUAGAUGAAAGUGCCUAUGAUGAAGGCGCUGAACAGACAGAUAAUGAGAUUACUAAUGAGAUGCAGGCAGCAGCUGCUGCUUAUCACAUUUUCAAGAAUGUUGUUAGGCCUGGUUGUAGGUACAUUGACGAGGAUGCCCUGUUAAGGUUCAUGAUUAAGGAGGAGGUAGAUCUCGUGUUACCACUGUUCGAAGGGGCAGAGACUAGUAGACAAAUAGACAUUAACGCUCUGACAUACUGGGUGGUUAAGGUUUACAAAGAACGGAAAGCACUAGCACAUGCUCUGAAUGACACAAAAACAGCUGUAAAGCAAUUACACAAAAUUGUUGCAGUGAUCCUGAUAAUUAUUACUCUUAUAAUAUGGCUUCUUUUAAUGGGCAUUGCAAAUACAAAAGUACUUUUCUUGAUCUCAUCACAGUUUGUAGCGGCAGCAUUUUUGUUUGGAAAUACCUGCAAGAAUAUUUUUGAAGCUAUUAUUUUUGUAUUUGUGAUGCAUCCCUUUGAUGUUGGCGAUCGAUGUGUUGUUGAUGGACUCCAGUUGUUGGUGGAAGAAAUGAACAUUUUAACAACUGUAUUCUUGAAGCUUGACAAUGAAAAGUUAUACUACCCAAAUUCAGUUUUGGCCACAAAGCCCAUCGGAAACUAUUAUAGAAGCCCGGAUAUGGUUGAUAAUGUGGAGUUCUCCAUUGAUUUUGCAACAUCAGCAGAGAAGAUAGGCAAGCUGAAGGAGAAAAUAAAGGAGUAUUUGGAGGGAAAUCCCCUACACUGGCAUCCUGGCCAUAGUGUGAUAGUAAAGGAAAUUGUGAAGGUCAACUCUAUAAAGAUGGGUCUGUUUUGCACUCAUACAAUGAACUUCCAGGACUUUGGAGAGAAGACUCGGCGAAGAACUGAACUGGUUUUGGAAUUAAAGAAAAUUUUUGAGGAGCUUGAUAUAAAAUUCAAUCUCCUUCCUCAGCCGGUACAUAUCCGACCUAUUGGGUCACAGGACUCAGAACCAACUGCCCAGAGCAGCAGGUCUUAGUUUCUCCCAGCGCAAUAAUGCUACCUAUGAUCAGCAUGUAUGUCCUCAUCUUAUUCAAAUAUCUCAGUGAUCUGAACUUGUACAAUUAGCUCGGCGUGCGAAAUCCCAGUUGUUGCCACAAUACUGUUAAGGGUGCUGCUCAUGUUCCAGUGUUGAAUUCUAUACAUUUAAGUUUGGUAGUUGGCCGUUUCUAUCAGGAAUUGUCUUGGAGUGAGGAUGUAUGAAUUCACUGAAAAUACUCUCUAAAACAGUUUGUGAGUUUCAUGUUUGCUUGAUUAUAUUUCUGAAACUCCCCAUAGCAUCUGAGAGAUUCCUUUCCAGUCUAAAACUAAUCAUAUUUCAGAUUAAGCUAUUUUACUCCCUCUGUUUAUGUAUUCUGUUUCAUUCUGGGACAAGGAGAAACAGACACCAUGUAUAGUCUGCCUAGAUGGAUCCUGGGGGAUAACCUAAUCAUUCGGGUUUAGGUAUAGAAUUUACCACGUAGGAUAACAACAAAGCAACACGUCAGCAAAAAUCUCCAAUUCACACUGUUUAUCUCAUUCCUAAGCCUAGAUUUCUUCAUCAAAUCUAUUUUGCACUUGGCAAAUACAGGACAACAAAGAUC